AGGAUAAAGGGGGAAUGGAAAGAAAGGAGCUCGAGGGGGUGUGGGAAAAUGGCGCGAAUUUGUUGUCCAGAUCCCGCUGUAAGUCGUAACUGGAUGGCCCAUCAGUCGCCGUUCAUCCCUCAGAAAGCCCACGGCGCACGAUGCUGCUCAGCUGCACCAGGAAAUGGGAACGGAUCCAAAACGCCGCAACUUCUCAAGUUGGCAGUAAGCGGCGUCACUGAGCUGCUCAGGCCCUUCUCUUUCAGCGAGGCCAGGUACCCAUCUCUCUCUUCUGUUUGGAUGGCUGCACAACUAAACCAUAGCGGGGCAGACCUUGUCGUUGGGGGCUGUCUCCUCGAAUGGUUUCUCUUUUGUAAACAGCUUUAUUCUCGCAACUUGAAAUUGCUUCUUCCUUUCUUUGAAUCUCCAUCAAUUGGAUUACAAACAAUUGAAAAGGGUGUCAAUUUGGAAACAAAUUUUGUGCUGGCAAAAUGGAGAUUAAGAACGUACCUGAAACUUCCAUGGAGGCCUCUCAUUUCCAUUUCCAUUGAUGGAAGCACAUUCUACGAAUUGGAUGACAAGUUUAUGAUUGCUAGGCAUACUGAGCGUUGGAACGUUUCUGCACUUGAAGCAGUUGGUCAGAUAUUCACCCUUAGUUUUCGAAGCCCCAACGAUUGAACACAUUACUAGCAUCCUUUCUGGUCGAAGUCAGGACAGCCAAAGUCGGCUGACGGUGAUGGCAGCACAUGCCAUCGACCUGUUUUGCCUAGCUCUAGCUUUUGCUUUUGUAAAAACCGAACGUUGCGUUUGGGUUACUGUUUGAGAGUACUUUUUUUUACAUAGUACCUCAUUAAAAAGUAUAAAUUUAU